GAACAAUUAUUCAUCUAUGAUGUAUUUGUUUCUUAUAGUGGCGAGGAUAGUGAUUGGGUUCUGGACAAAUUGGUACCAAAUUUAGAACAAGAUUCCAAUCUAAAACUCUGUAUACAUGAAAGAGAUUUCCAGGCUGGCAGAUUGAUUAUUGAUAAUAUUGUUGAAUCGAUUGAAAAUAGUCGUCGUGUUUUAAUUAUAUUAAGUAAUAAUUUUGCUCGAAGUGAAUGGUGUCAAUUUGAAAUGACAUUAGCUCAGAAACACGUUUUAAAUCGAGCUACAGAACCUUUAAUUGUUGUUUUAUUAGAAGAUAUAGACAGUGAAAAUAUGAGCAAUGCACUUCAUGCUUUAUUAAAGACCACUUCAUAUAUAACUUGGUUCGAUGAUAUACAACAGAUUCAAUUAUUUUGGGAUCGACUG